ACUCUCCGCCAAAUACAAAUAUACAAUCGUUCAUUAUAAUAUAUCUGAUUACAUGUGGAAACUCGUCAAGAACUAUUACUGCACGUGUAAUAUCCUAACUCACUCUUUCACGUAAACGCGCGCGCGCGCACACAAACGCACAACACUGCAGCACUUCCUUAAUUCACGUUUCCUGAUCAUUGACCGCAAACGCGCGCGCACACGCACACACGCGCGCAGAAGUCUCACUCGGAGAUCUGUGGCAGUGUUGAGUGUUUAGCUGUGCUUGAGAUGAGUUUGACACCCAUUCUUGAAGAAACGUUAAUCAAACGUUCACAGCAGAAGAAACGAACAUCUCCACUCAACUAUAAAGAAAGAGUGUUUGUGCUCACCAAGAGCAAACUCACAUAUUAUGAGCUCAGAUCAGAGAAGAGGUUUAGGAAAGGCUCAGUGGAGCUGAACCGAAUCAAGUGCGUUGAGAUUGUUAGAAACAGCACGACUAUCAUUCCCUGUCAAAACAAAUAUCCAUUCCAGGUUGUUCACGAUUCAACUACAUUAUAUAUUUUUGCUCCCAGUAACGAGAGCAGAAGUGUUUGGGUCCAGAGCAUCAAAGAAGAGAUUAGGGAUAAUGCUCAGAUAGCAGCAAAGUUUCACCCUCAGUUCUGGCAGGAGGGCGAGUGGUUGUGUUGCGGGCAGGUGGAUAAACUCGCUCCAGGCUGCGAAAGCUACAACUUAUUUGGGGACGUUUCACGUAAACCACUGCCUCCAGUUCCUGGAGAUGAGACUACGGUCCGUCGACCCCCUCCUCCCCCCCCACCCACAGAGGAAACCACACAGACAGAGGCGGGCUCUCGAGAGGAAGUGGUAAUUUCGCUGUAUGACUUUCAGGGGUCGGAACCUCACGAUUUAUCAUUGAAGACGGGAGAAGAAUAUGUCAUAUUGGAGAAGAGCGAUUUGAACUGGUAUAAGGCCCGAAACAAAUUGGGAGAGGAGGGCUACAUCCCAAGUAACUAUGUGACUGAAAAGAAAUCCGACACACUGGAGCAGUUUGUAUGGUUUUGUAAAAAUGUCAACCGCAACAAAGCUGAGGAGCAGCUCAGAAAAGAGGGGAAAGAUGGAGGGUUUAUGGUUCGAGUGUCCAGCACAGGGACCUACACAGUAUCGUUGUUCACCAAGAGCACAGGGGAUGGAUCAGUCAGGCAUUAUCAGAUUAAAGAAACACAAACACCAACAAAACAGUUUUAUCUAGCUGAAAAAUAUGUGUUCAGCAGCAUUCCUGAACUUAUCGAGUACCACAAUUAUAACGCAGCAGGUCUUGUUUGCAGGCUCCGUCAUGCAGUAGGUGAUCAGAGAAGGGAGGUUCCUACAACAGCAGGAUUCAGUUAUGAUAAAUGGGAGAUCAAUCCGUCUGAACUGACCUUCAUGAAAGAAGUUGGCAGCGGUCAGUUUGGAGUGGUCAGACUGGGCAAAUGGAGAGCGCAGCAUAAAGUGGCCAUUAAAACCAUCAGAGAAGGAGCCAUGAGUGAAGACGACUUUAUAGAAGAAGCCAAGAUCAUGACAAAUUUAUCUCAUCAUAACUUGGUGCAGUUGUAUGGAGUCUGUACACAGCAGAAGCCCAUUUACUUGGUGACGGAGUUCAUGGAGUUGGGCUGCUUACUCAAUUACCUUCGCCAGAGAAGAGAAUCGCUCACCUCGCUGGACCUGCUGAGCAUCUGUCAUGAUGUUAGCCUGGGAAUGACACAUCUGGAGCAGCGUAGUUUUAUUCACAGAGACUUGGCUGCCAGAAACUGCCUGGUUAACAGCUCUUUAGUGGUUAAAGUCGCAGAUUUUGGGAUGGCCAGGUAUGUUUUAGAUGACCAGUACACCAGUUCUUCAGGAGCUAAGUUUCCAGUCAAGUGGUCUCCUCCUGAGGUCUUCAACUUCUGCAGAUACAGCAGCAAGUCUGACGUCUGGUCGUUUGGCGUGCUGAUGUGGGAAGUUUUUACCCGAGGCAAAAUGCCGUUCGAACACAAUGCCAACCACGAGGUGGUGAUGAUGGUCACACAGGGACAUCGACUGUAUCGGCCUAAAAAAACUUCGCCUCACAUCUACGGCAUCAUGCAGAUGUGCUGGAAGGAGAGAUCCGAUGAGCGUCCGACGUUCUCGCAGAUUUCGGUAAUGAUCGCUGAAGAGUUGGAGGCUGAUGGAUCUGCCUGAUCACUUGACCUCAUAAACGUUUGAAAUCUGUGGAUUACAGACAUGAACCCUUCAUCUUAACUGUUCCUGAAACAGUUUCUGACAUUUGUUUACAGCCAGUCUGUUGUUACAGUCAGUGUUAGUGAUAAGCAUCAUCUUAAUGCUGAUUAUUAAUGACAAACCAGGAUCAAUGUCCAAUAAAUUUCACAUUUUUACAAGA